CAUCCACCUUCGGAUGAACUUGUGCUGUCUCGCAAAACAAACCCUUCUAAGAUGUCGUACUGGUACGGCAAAAUCAACGAUAUUCAUUGCUAUUCACGGCGUAGUCAGUCUCACGAGGAUGUAUACGUCCAAGUAAUAUGGUAUUAUCGCCGACAAGAUCUCCCGUGCUCUGCCGCAGACAAGCAAAACAGAGUAUUCGAAUGUAUGUACCCGAAUGAGCUGGCUUUCAGCGAUCACAUGUCACCCAUCCAUAUUGAUUGUAUCGAGGAAAAGGUGACUAUAGCUGAAUUCAAGGAGAAGUUUCUUUCGGCGCUCUACAUUGGGCCAGAUGUUCUGUAUACGCGAUGGACAAUAGGCGUCACCCUGAAGACACAACGCUCCGGGGAUGCUAUCCUAAAUAGCGCGGCCCUCAAGGCAAGUCGUGAUUUGCAAGUACACAUGCGUAGUGGUGAACAAUCAUUGUUGUGAUUCACUUAGGAGGAUAGCGUGGCAUUCUGCGGAAUCGAAAGGUGCACCUCGAAGCUAUACGACCCUCAGCACGUGCAAAGAUACUGCAGAACGUGUUGCAGGUGGUUUCAUGUUGACUGCAUUCGUGAUCGCUGCAUGAAGGUUGAUAAAGCCGACAUAGUUCCCCAGGUGGUGGCUAUGCCGCUGGACACAGGAUUCCCAGUGGACGAGACAUUUGAGGGUUGUUACCGCUUACCUAUCGUACGCGGGGGUGGUUACGGUGUAACGGGCAACACCCCUCUGAUGGGAAGUGUUAUAACCAUACUAGAAGAAUCCGUAGAGUUCAAGAGGAUGAUGCCAAACUGGCAAGAGACCCUGGACACAGAGGAAUUUGCAGGAUUUUAUACCGACGACUUGGAAAAUCUCGCUUACUACAAAUGCCUUUGUAGUCACAACGCCUGGUUGUAGAAUCCUGUGCUCUACGCACAAGGGGCGUCCAUUGCUAGAACUCCGGACCAUGACCCUCCGUGAGAAGAGACCCCCGAGCACUGGAGUGGGUACCACUACGUAAGC